CAUCGAACUUUGCAAACCACAACCGCUUGCAUCGUAUUGCAGAGAUGCUGACUAUGCACCAGAAACCAACAUAACAUGAGGCCCUUUCUACCCAAUGCUUUUAAAAGAGCAACAUCAUCAAGACAUCGUAUACCCCCAUCUCCCAGUCACCCGGCAUUUGUCGAGCGCUGGCUUCCAACCUCAGUAUGUGCCGGUUGCUUUUUCUCGUGGGUUUCCGGACGCGAGCCACCUCCUCGAAAGAGACUACCUCGGCGUUCACCAGAGCGGAGCAUUGUCCCGACAUUUUCUUCUCAUUCCAUUCUUGUCUCGAAACAAUCUUAUUCGACAAGGACGUCAACUGAGCUGCUCGCAGCUCUAGACGCGGCUCUUGAAGCUGCACCAGAGGACAUUGGUAAAAUCUGGGAAGCAUUUGCAAAUGUAUGUGCUGAUACGAACAGCCGAUUGUUAUUGUCCCGGGAAAAGGCCCUCAAAGUCGUGGGAGCGGUGCUUCACCAUGCUGACGAUCUACCGGAAAUUGAGACGAAACUAGAGUAUCUAGAAAAACAGGUCAAACAGGGUCGCUGGACGGACUUGAAGACGUAUGUGGCUAAUGCCUAUAUUGUCCGUAAUCGCGAGUCGUUUACCAUUGGACGAGCAUUGGUGCAUCUCGAGAAGAUGAAGAAUAAUGCGGAGAUACCCGAUGAAGAUACAUACCGGCUGUUGAUGGACGCACUAGGAUCCAUGGGUGACGGAGAUGGCGCGCGACAGAUCCUUCCAUUGAUGAUCGAAGCAGGAUAUACUCCCGACGCAAAUGUUUAUCAGUCCAUUAUACUGGGGUACGCUCGAGGGAAUAAACCAGAUAAAGCAAUGUCUGCUUUUCGAGAGUUGCAAUCAAAAGGCUUGGCUGCCACUGUCAAGAACUAUACUACACUAAUGUCCGCAUACGCCAAGCGUCGCGACGCCGACACCACGAAGAGCAUCUUUGCCGAGAUGCUCGAAGCUGGCAUCCAACCUACUGUAGUCACUUACAACGUUUUAUUAGAACUGUGCUUUGGACAGAAGCAGCUGGACGCUGCUCAUGAACUGUUUGUAGCGAUCGACAAAGCGGGGCUGAAACCUGAGACCGACACAUUUAACAUCAUGAUUGUCGGCUUAUCGCGCACAUCUCGACUAUACGAUGCGGCCAAUCUAUUUGAGCAUAUGAUAGAGACGGGAAUGAAGCCAGAUCGAUACACGUACGGUGCCUUGAUACAUGGCUGUGCCAGGGAGGGACUUAUGAUCAAUGCGAUGCGCUACUAUCGACAGCUCUUGAGUUCCGGGAUCACAUUGAAUCAUCACCAUUUUACCAUUCUUCAAUCAGCAUUUGCGACGGCAAGGGACAUGCAAACGUGUCAAGAAGUGUUUCGAGACAUGAUGUCCCGAAUCACGCCUACGACCAUCAAUUACAACAUUCUCAUUAGCGGGUGGGUGCGCGUUGGCAAUCUUGACAAGGCUCUGGAGGAGUUUGAAAAGAUGAAAAUCGCCGGGUGUAAGCCGUCGGGGAUAACCUGGCGACGCUUGAUCCGAGGAUACCUGAGUGCAGGACGUCUUGAAGACGCCUUGAAUGCCUAUGUGGAGCACAAAAAAGCGUUCAAAAAGCCAUCCAUGGGAACGUAUGUGCAUCUGAUUCAUGCCUUGUGCUCUACUGGGCAUAUGGAUGGAGCAGUGGUCUUGUUUCAAGACCUUGUAGAUAUGGGAGGAGAUCCCAUUUACCCACUGUAUGAGCGGAUCAUACUUGGGUAUCUUAAAGCAGGGAACCUCGUAGCUGCCGCAGAGUGGCUUGGACGCAUGAGAUACGCCGGAUUUACUCCACGACAUUACCUGUACAACGCCUUAAUAAAAAGCGCAACGUUAUCUGUGCGCCCCGAAUCGGCCUUUCAAUUCUAUAAAGACAUGGUGGCGGAUCAGAUAACUCCUGACACCUUCACCUUCAACCAUCUGCUCCUCGCCUCGUUUGGUGAUCCGAGAUCCGUGGAACGAGUAUUGCAGGACAUGCGGUUGGCCCGAAUCCCCUUUGACCAUUACACGUAUGCAACACUGCUCUUCAUUCAGUCGAAGGAGAAUAGAAACUUUGAAAUGGCUUGGGGAUUGUGGGAGGAGUAUGUUUCCGCCGUAUCCAAGUCCGAUACCUCUACUGCCUCAACGACCGCAAAAGAUGGGAAACGACCCGUCACUAUUCAUCCGGCGGUUGCUCGUGCCGCACUACGAUCCUGUGCGGCUCAUCGUCGUCCUCGGAAAGCUAGACUGGUGUGGGACGUGAUACAACGAUACAAUGUUGAUGUCAGGGAGGAUGUAGCUACCGAGUUUAUCAGACUUGCUGAAGGUUGGACGCGCAAAAACACAGUAAAAGGCGAGAAGCUUGUAAAUCUAUUAGGUUCGCAUGAACUGAGUGCGUCCGAUCCGCCGGGAAAGCAGGAACAAAAGGAGACUGUCACGCACUAAUAUCGCACAAGGCAUCUAUUUAC